AGCGUGAUCACAUUCGGUCUCUUGACACUCGCCGGUGUGUGACUCGGUUGUCGGACGGAACAAGCACUAGUCAUGGGAGACAGCAUGCGAGCAACGAAGUCGGGCAUUGGCGCUGACAUCCAGAAGAAGAUGGAAGCAAAGUACGAUGCUGCCCUCGAAGAGGGCACACCACAGAAAGUGAUUGAGUGGGUGAAUGCAGUCCUGGCAGGACAUCACGAUCCUUGCCCUGGUUUUCAAGCCGAGCAAGUCGCAGUGUAUUUUAAGAAUGGUGUGGCACUAUGCAAGUUGAUGAAUCUGUUGACGGGCGGAAACAAGUUGAAAUUUAAUGAGAAAUCUUCUCAGAGAUUUGUUUGUAUGGGGCAGAUAGAAAAUUUCGUGAAGGCUGCAGAAUCGGAAUUCGGUAUGAAGAAUACUGAAACGUUUCAGGCGAACGAUCUUUUUGAGGGUCUCAAAGGCAACAUGAUAAAUGUUGUCAACUCUCUUCAUGAGCUGGGUUUGAGAUCAAACCAACGAGGAUUCUCGCCACGUUACGCAGGAGCUGGCAAGAUGGCCGAACAAAAUGUGCGAGGAUUUACCGACGAGGAAAUCAAGAAAGCAUCGGCUCAAGCUAUCUCGAAAGUUUCUUCGGGCUCUCACGGUGGGGCCACUCAAUCUGGGAUGUCAUUUGGCACAACCCGAAAGAUAUGAAGAUUUACUGAAUUAUCAAACUUGAAUUAGAUGUCUCUGCUAUGAUGUCAGGCACUCUGUUGUAGCUUGUUGAUAGGGAACUUGUUCAUGAUGAUUAUAACUAACGAUGAAAUGACAGGAGUUGCAUGUUGUGAAAGUGUUUUACUAUUGUGUAGCAGCUUGAUCGAUUGCUAGUGAUUGUUAGUUGAAAGUGUUUUGGCAGUUAAUGUAAGGAACUAGUUGUUCUUUGCUCUAGAA